AUGCAAAUAACUGGUUUAUAUAAAGGACGGGCAAUUAUUAUAAAAGACUCUUACAGUGUUAUAAAUAAGAAGCUUAAACUAUUUCCUGCUAUGUUUAACUUACAAACAGGACCGAAAGAAGUAUUUCCAUAUAACUACUACAGCAGUGUUUUGUUAGCAAAUGACAACAGAACUGGUGUCAUUUCUGAAGCAUGUAAGUUUAUCCGGGAUGCAGAUACAUUUAUGAAAAACAUAGAUUCCAUCAAAGGUUGCAGAAUAGAUGAGAACCACUUCGACUUAGAAAAAUAUAGCACGUUUUACUGCAAACAAGAUGUAAGAAUUUUAAGAGAAGGUUUUGUAAAGUUCCGCAAUGACUUAUUGAAAGAGUUUGAUUUAAACGUUUAUGACUACGUUAGUAUUUGUUCAAUUGCUAACAAAUUGUUUGAGAACAGAGUAUACUUCCCGAAUGGAAAUCUUUAUGACCUCUCAAAUAAACCAAGAGAAUUUAUUUCGAGAUGCAUUCAAGGUGGAAGAUGUAUGCUGUCAGAUAACAUGAAACAAAAGAGCGAAAAGAAACUCAUUGCUGAUUUCGACGCUGUUUCAUUAUAUCCAUCAGCUAUAGCAAGACUUUAUACUUUAGAAGGUAUUCCAAAAGUAUUGAAGGAUGAGAUGCUAAGCACAGAGUAUCUCAUGAGACAUUUAUUCGAUGAUGACCAAAAGGAACCCAUUGGUGAAAAGUUUAUGUCUGGCUUCUUUGUUCUCAUUAAGAUAACAGAGAUUGGAAUACAUAGACACUUUCAUUUAAUAGUUUGCGACCCUGAACUAAAUCCAGAACUUAACGUUCCAAGAAGUUCAAACACUUGCUGUCUCAUGUAUGUUGACCAUAUAACAUUACAAGACCUCAUAAAAUAUCAAGGUGUCAAAUGUGAUGUGUUGCAAGGAUACUAUUACGAUGGAAACAGAGAUAUGAGAAUAAGAGAUGAAGUAAAGA